AAACUGACAGUUUUUUUUUAUUAGUGUUGAUGUUGUUGGAAUAAUAAUAAUAUUUCUGCCUGACAUCCUGGAUUGUAAAUGCAGUGCAAUGAUCAUAAGAUGGAUCAUUGUCGUCGCUCUAGCGACUUUUACCUAUGGACAGCUGAGCGACAAUACCCCGCCGGUGAUGAUCCUGGAUAGAAAUUGGAUUCUCCUCGACUCAGCGCCCAAGGGAACUUUUGUCACCAGAGUCCAUGCUAAGGACAACGAGCAGGAUCAAUUGAAUUAUGGUCUUGAAGCUUUAGAUCAUAAUUUUAAUGGUGAUUCUGCUGGAUCUAGUUCAACUACUCUGCCUUUUUUUAUUAAUAGUCUUACUGGAGAAAUAGUUACUAAUGAUACGUUAAAAGGCCGAGGUGGAGAAAAAUUAUUCUUGUACGUGACAGCUUCUGAUGGAAAAUUGACUGCCAAAAAUGAAGUAUAUGUAGUCAUAAAAAACAGCUCAUCAACCUCCACCACCAACAACAACAGUAAUAAUAACAAUGGACCAUUUUCUCAAAAUUCCCAAAAUUUCAACCUAGGAUUGAAUCACCAGUCAAUGCGGAGUCCUUUUCUAGCUCACUUUUCAAACUCACAGCUUCCGUCAUUCUCCAGGCCUGUAAAUUCAACUAAGACUCACGAGAAGACAACUGUUUUAAGACCAGCUGAAAUAAAUAUCAGUAAUUAUGUUAACCAAGUUAUCAAUGGCAGUAGUAUGACAUCUGGACCUAAUGUUUAUAAUACUAGCACGUUGGACAGUCUGAGUGUUCAAGAUAGUACUUACUCGUAUCAAAAUAUAACAAUGACUACUGUUGGAACCAUAUCAGCGAUUCUUGCUGUCAUUUUGAUCGUUGGAAUGGCUCUUUGGUCUGUAAGAAGAAAAAUUUGCUCUCAUAAAAAAUCGAAGCACCCUAAAGAGCUAGCUGUAAAAGUAUCAGACAUGUCGUCACCAAACGAGCCGUCAUUAAUUUUAAAAAACUUUCAAAAUUAUAAAUUUUCCUCAAACAAGUACCAAGAAUGGAACAAAUCUUCAAAAGAAUCAACGGAGAAAGACGAGUGGGAAUUUCCACGACACAGACUUAAAGUAUUUUGUAUCCUGGGAGAAGGGUGCUUCGGUCAAGUAUGGAAAUGCGAAGCCAUAGACAUAAACGGCAGCGGGACUGGAGUUUCAGUGGUGGCUGUAAAAACUCUGAAAGAAAAUGCCACUGAAAGGGAAAGAAUAGACUUGGCUCAAGAGUUGACUGUUAUGAAGACUCUGGAGCCGCAUCCGAAUGUCGUUAGAUUGUUGGGUUGCUGUACAGAACGCGAACCGAUAUUUGUUAUUAUGGAGUACAUCAGUGGUGGAAAGUUGCAGAGCUUUUUGAGAAACAUGAGGGAAGAAAAGAACUCUGGGAGACCUGGAUUGACAUCUAGGGAUCUUACUGGAUUUGUUCAUCAGAUUGCCAAAGGAAUGGCGUACUUAGCCUCAAAAGGAAUAAUCCACCGUGACUUAGCAGCCAGAAAUAUCCUAAUCGACAGCAACCGUCUCUGUAAAAUAGCUGACUUUGGAUUCGCUCGAGACAUCGCAGCGAACAAAAUCUACGAACGUAAAUCAGACGGGCGACUACCAAUCAGGUGGAUGGCACCCGAAAGUCUCUACGACAAUAUGUACUCAGUAAAAUCAGACAUUUGGAGCUUUGGAGUACUUACCUGGGAAAUAGUAACUCUAGGUUCGACUCCUUAUCCGGGAAUGGGCGCCGCAGAAGUCAUGCGGAAGAUCAAAGAAGGCUACCGGCUGGAGAGGCCCGAGCACUGCAAAAGAGAGUUGUAUAAUAUAAUGUAUUACUGCUGGGACAAAGAUCCCUCAUGCAGGCCUUCGUUUGGUGAGCUUGUUGCCAUGGCUGAGGGACUAUUGCUAGAUGAAAUUGACUAUAUUGAGCUUGAUAGGUUUCCUGACCACUCUUAUUACAAUGUGCUCAAUUUAAGUGGCGAGAAACUUUAAUUUUAAUUUUUAAUUUAUGCGUACCAUGACUUAUUAUUUAUAUGAAUCCGUCCAGUGCUAAAUGAUCAAUUUAAAAAUGUCAAAUACUCAUUAUGCAGAAGUUAGCUAACAGAUAUUGAUUUUUUUAUAAAAAGAUUCGUGAUUUUUUUUAAAUUUUUACAUGUGGAAUUUUU